AUGAAUGGCUGCUGCAACGUGAUUUUAUUAUUUGUGGUAAUCAAAGGACAAGUUGUGGGAUUGGAUGCGAAGGAUAUUAAAAUCGGUACUAUCGAUGAAGUAGAAGUUAUUAAAAAUAAUGGAUUAAAGUAUCCUAUCCGAAAUGAAAAUGUCGAUUUGAUUUCUCUAACAAAAUCUCAUAAAAAACAUGAACGAGCAGCGGAAGCGAGGUGGCGAUGUGGUGAUGAUCAAUCAUACUAUUUUGAGCCACUCAACGAAUGCUAUUUCAUCAGUCACGCUCAGUUUCUGAACAUCGAUCUCGAUCGCAAGAUUGCAUAUGGCGGUACUCGUAACGAAUAUAUGUUCAACUGUUGGCAGCAGUAUCGAGGCAAACUGCUUGAUAUUGUUGGUUUCAUGAUAAAUCGAAAAUACGAACUAAUCUCGCAAGAUGGCGAGCAUUAUGACCUGUUAGACAAAGUGAGGCAUUCACAUCGAAAUGGCAACGUUUGCUGUCCCAGUGUUUGCUGCGUUGUAUUUUUCGCGGAUACGCGAGCAACGGUUGACGUGAAAAUGAUUUAUGCGAGUUGUGACAAUCGUACACGAGCACUGAGUUACAUUUGCGAAGCGCCUGCACUUAUAUAG